CUUUACCUAUCAGCUGUGCCUUCCGCAACAACAAUAACUGACACGAAGAUACUUGAGGUGUAGACGCUGAGGACACAAUUUCCCAGGAAGGAAGGAAGAAGUGAAGACAGCUCUGUGCAGCUCAGAUGAAAAGGAAGGACGAGUGAGAAUGGAGGAUUUCAAGCGGACGUACUUGCGUCUGUGUAAAGAGGGAGGUGUGGAGCCCCAGGACAGUAUUGUAGUCCAGCUCCAGGAGAGCAGGGCUGCUCAGGGUUCCAGACUGGACCUGAGUGGACAGAGCCUGUCUGCAGAUACCUGCUCAGUGCUGGCCAGGGCCUUCCAGAGAGACACUGCCUUUACAGAAGUGUCACUCAGCGACUGCAUGCUCAGUGAGGAAGGUGCCAAAGUUCUCCUGACUGGACUGUUUGACAACACAACAGUGAAAGUUCUGGAUCUGAAGGGAAAUAACCUGAGAUCAACAGGAGCUGAGGUGUUGGGAAAGUUGUUGGCUAGGAACAAGACUCUGCGUAGGCUGGUGUUGGAGUGGAAUGCGUUGGGAGUGUGGGAUGAAGCCUUCUCUCUCUUUUGUGAUGGUUUAACCUCCAACAGCACGCUGACGCACCUGGACCUGCGCAACAAUCAGAUCAACCACCACGGAGCAUCUGAGCUCGCUCUGGGUCUCAAACACAACAGCAACCUGGAAGUGCUAGACCUGAGGUGGAACAAUAUUGGUCUGCUGGGUGGCAGGUCUCUGCUGGAGGCUCUGCAGAAGAACAAGAGCAUAAUGCAGCUGGAAAUGGCAGGGAACAACAUACCCAGUGAUAUACUCAAAGCACUUGAGCAAACCACAGGGCACAACUCAGACAGACAGUCCACCCUGAGAGACAGCCACAGCAGGACCCAGGUCCUCAGCAAGGAGAUUCAGAUUCUGAAAGAGGAGAAGGGAAAGCAGUUCCUAGGCCUGAUGGAGACCAUAGACAGGCAGAGGGAUGAGAUGGGACGCUCUAACAGGUCCACUUCCGUUCAGAUAGGUCAACUCCAGGAAGCUCUGAAUGAGAGGAAGUCAGCUGUCAACUCACUCACGGCCAAGUUACAGAUGACAGAGGCUGCCCUCACCCUCUCUGAGCAGAAAAACCACAACAUGGGAGAGCUGCUGACACGUUUGAAGGCUGAGAAAGAAGAACGGCGUGAACAGCAGAGCCGAGAGAGGAAAAAAGAGCAAGAGGACAGUGUGCUCAGAGAGGGUAAGCUCUUCCGAGAGACCCAAAACCUGACUGAGACCAACCUCCAACUCAGGAAUAAGGUGGAGGAGAUGGAGCGCAGGUGUAAGUCUCAACAGCAGCAGAUCUUUGAGCUGAAGCAGGAACUAACCAACAGCACAGCCGAGUUCAAGCUGCGACUAGCACAGGCAGAAGAUCGUCUUGAAAUAGAGAAGCGAAGGUCGAAGCAAACCCUGGAGGACAUGGAUCACCUGCGACAGAAAGAGGUGGAGCAUGUGAAUCGACAUCUAGAGGAGAGUGAGAGAGCCAUGCAGGAGCGCAUCUUUAAACUGGAGGGACAGCGAAUACAACUGGAGGAGGAGAUUAGUAAAGCUAAGGCAGCAUGUGUGACAGAGAGAGCCCAGGCAGAAGAGGAACUGGGAAGAGUUCGUGCUCAAGUGCGGUUUGAAGAGCAGGAACAUGUGUCAUCCCUGGAGGAGAAGCUUCGCUCUGUGCGCUCCUCACUGCAGGAGGUGCAGCUCCACUGUUCCCAGCAGAAACAGACCAUCUCUGAGCUGCAUGCCAAGAACAGCCAGCAGAGCAUUGAGAUGGACGGACUGCGCCGCAGGAUAGAAGAGCUCCAGCAGGAACUGUCGAGUAAGGACCAGGAGAAGGUGGCAGAGGUGAGCCGGGUGAGGGUGGAACUGCAGGAGCAGAUCGGACACUUACAGGCAGAGAGAACGGCACAAGGAGGACUGAAGGAGAAGAUCAAUGCUCUGGAGAGAGAGAUUAAAGUACUGAGCAGUAACCACAGGGAGGCGCUGCUCGACAAAGAGAGCGAGAUGUCCUCUCUGCUGGAGAAGCUGCGGCUGAGAGAGGCAGAGAUCCAGAGGAUGAGGGAGGACGAGGCCCAGAGAGCGAGCUACCUGCAGAGUGCCAUCCUCACCUACGUUCAGGGCUCCCCUCUGGGACACUACAGCAGCCCCAAGAAAUGAUCCACACCUCCACACACCUCCACGCACCUCCACGCACCUCCACCCAUCAGCUCUGACCUCUGAACUCACUGGGUCCUGCACAGGUCAGAGGAGUCUGAAAACCUGCAGGAUAGAACAAAUAUCAUGUUUUUUUUAGAAACACAAUCAGGAUUAUUACAGUAAGAAGGGGGAGAUCAUUGGUGCUUGGAGACAUGGCUGUGAGCAGUAAUCACACUGAGCAGAUGUGACACAUUCAGUCAACAAAUGAAGGUUUUUAAAGUUUGGAAUUUUAAACUUUGUCCUCACUUCCAGUUGCUGCUCCUCAAAAGGACUGGUUCAGUUUGAACUGUGGUCUGGUUUACUGCUGGGACUCUACCUCCCACACACACACUGACUAAAUACAAACCUCACCACUUUUUUGAGUCCUAACACAUGUGCUCAGCUUAGUACUUCUACUGCAGUUUGUAGGUUUCUUAGCUGUUCUGUCAGUCUGUCCAUCUAUUCAUUCAUUCCUUCAAUCUACCAGACACAUAUCCAUGACAUUUAUUGUGGACAUUCAUGGUGCCCAAGGAAUGAAUGCUAUACACCAGAUUAGUUUAUGAUCUAACAGCCAGGUUGUCAUUAGAUUAGAGUACAUUCAAGCUCCUGAGGGAAUGAAUAACACCACCGUCAGAGCAAAAUGUACAUUUCUAGCUCAACUACUAUUCAACUUCAAUGAAUAGCUAAAUGAUCAAUAUGUUGGUUAUUCACUCUGUCAUUUGCAUAUUAUAGAGUGUAAUGAACACUUCAGCCUCAGGGCUUGCCAGCAGUGCAUUAGACUCUGAUGUUUUUGUUCACUUUUUUCUUGCUGGAUGAGAUUAUUACCAGUUUCCAAAUAGCAUGUUUCAUUUGCAAAAACACUGUCAGCUCUAUUGUUAGAGCCCCUAAAAUGAUCUCAAAGUGCCAGAGGUGCUAAUAACAGCAGACACCACUUUGUUACUGCACCUUGAUUAUAGUCUGACUUAUUUUAGGAAACAGUGAAACAUUCCUGUCUUUCUAAAAGUGAGAUGAGAAGAUAGAUGUCAGUCUCAUGUCUGAAGUCUCACGUAUAAAGCUGCAGUCUGGAUUCUGUGUUACACUGGUGUCAACACAUAGUUCCAGCAAUUAACACCAACUCAUGCUACACAAUGUUAUGUUUCUAUUUGUGUUUGAGUCUGGAUAAAACAAAUGAGAUACUACUUUAAAGGUAGGUGUAUUUGUGAAUUUUGGACAGAGCCGAGCUAGUUGUUUCCCUCAGUUUACAGUCUUUAUGCUAAGCUAGGCUAACCGCGUCUUGACUACAGCUUUGUACCUUUAUACUCUACAUGAGGUUUGAUAUCCAUCUGAACACACACUCAGAAAGACAAUAAAUACUUAUACACAUAUUUCCAAAAAUGUUUUAACAAUACCUUUUAAUCCUUACAUACUGUUCAUACCCUGACUCAUAAUUAGUCUCUACAAUUAUUCACAUUCAUGAGUUGAAUGUUUGUGAAAAUGUUUGAUUUGAUUUUAUAGAAUAUGAUCAAUACAACAUGCUUGAUGUUAAUUUUUUUUAAUUAUUAACACAGG